AUGACGACCAGCGAUGAGAUGGGCACCUUCUGUCACGACCAUAUCCAACAUCCGUUGAUGUGGUGUGAUGAGAAGAAGCGACUGGUCGAGCGAAAGAAUGCUGAGGAGAGCUUGCGCAUGUGGAGGCGUCGCAAGGCAGAGGAAGUGGCGCGCAAGGAAAAGGACAAACAGGAGUACUACGACCUGUUCCUGCAACACUGCCCGUGGGGGCGACCAGGCGGAGGUGCACCCAAUGUGGAUGUGCGCCGCAAGGAUAUCACAGCCGUAGGUCUGCAUUCGACGCCAACAGUGACCGCCGCACAUCGGAUCAACUCACUGCAUCCGUGCCGCUAUAGCGAGCUAUUCUCCACCCAAAAGAAGUGCCACAAUAAUCCACUGGCCGCCUACCAUCAUCACCAUCUCCUUCACCCGACCCCGGCGCCCACAGGUGCCCGUCUAGCCCAUGCACACUCCAUACACCAUCUGCAGGAGAGCGGGCCACGGAGCAGCACCGUGACGAUUUGUGAGCGAGAGAUGCCGCCAAAGCCCAACGUGAGUCUUGGGGGCACGGCCAAGAAUGGUGAGAGACACGUGGACAUUGAGCUCCGCUACAAGCCGUCGCCUCAAUGCAAGGGAAAGCCGCUGCUUGACAAGAUCGUGGUCAGCGAGAGCGAUCGGUGCCCCCUGCAGAGUGCACACCAGGAGAAGCUGGCAUCGCAGAAAAAGAAGCUUCAGGCCAAGCUAGAAAAGCCGCCCAGCAAAGAGCCCUGGGGAAAGGCGGGCCCGGGAGGCAAACCCUGGCGCAGUCCCAAAGAAGUAGGCAACACUUUUAUGAAAUCUCUGGGAUGGACCAACAAGGAAAUGCUAAAGGAGCUAGAUCAAGACAACCCUGUGACUCCAGCAGAGAAGUCCACUUUCCGAAAAUCACGCGCCCCCAAGCAGAUCAAAAUGCAGCGCUGUUGCGAACUCUGCACCUGCACCUGUCCCGCCAUGAACAGUCCCCAAAGGGCUCUAUCUAAAAAAGUGCCCCCGGCUCCUGUCUGCGGACUAGGCUCGCCACCUAAGCUGCUUCAUCCACCCAAGCCCGUGAAGUUGUGUCCGCGUCUGGCUCGUCACUGCACCAUAAUGCCAGGACGUUCAGGUCCUUGUCCAGUAGCAAGCACAAGCACCACCACAGCUACCCCAGAUGCUAGCACUGCGGCAGGGGCAGGUGGUGCUGGCGGCGGAGUGGAGCUGGUGCCGUUGCUGGCACGGAGACGGGCUAUCAACCGGCCCAUCAGCCUGUCCAGCACUGACGUGACAAAGCGGACUCCCUCGCAUGAUAGGUACGCAUCCAAGCACAAGACAAAGAACAGCAAAUGCAACAACAACAGCCAUAGCAAAUGCAAAAGCAACAGCAAUAGCAAUAACAACAGCAACAAUAACAUCAACAGCAUCAUUAAGAACAUCAGCCACAUGAAGCGGCUGCCAAAGAACUUGAAUUGCAAGUUGCAGUGUUGCAGCUGCGCCUGCGGCAACAGUGCCACGGCCACGGUCUGCUGCCUCAAGCGUCUGACGUUGCACAUACGCUAG